CAAUCAGUUGCUCUCUUCACAUCAUCUGCCAUCAUGACCACCACUGCAGCUGUCGACUCUGAUCUCCUCUGGCUCCCAGCGCACCCAGAGCGCGCCCAGUCGACCCUCCUCCGCGAAAAGGUCGCUCAAAAGUACGGCCUCAAGCUCGAGACGUAUGAGGACCUCCUCAAGUGGUCGAUCGAGCACCGCGGCGACUUUUGGUCCGAGGUCUGGGACUGGGAGGGCGUCCUUGGUGACAAGGGCGCGGAGCCGUUUGUUGACGAGACCGUCCCCCCACGCUCCAACCCGCUGUGGUUCCCCAAAGCCUCAAUCAACUGGGCCGAGAACCAGCUCCGUCACGCCAAGACGCAUCCAGAUGACAUUGCGGUCAUCGACACGACCGAGCACUCGCCCAGUGAGGGCUACACGCCCGCUCCCCGCCGUGUCACCCAGCGCGAGCUCCUCAACCUCGUCGGCCAGGUUCAGCGCGGCCUCAAAGCUGCUGGCGUCAAGAAGGGACACCGUGUCUGCUACUGGGGCGGCAACCGUGUUGAAUCCGUUGCUGUCCUCCUCGCGACCAACUCUAUCGGCGCCAUCUUCUCCUCCGCCGCUGCCGACUUUGGUGUGGACGGUGUGAUUGAGCGUCUGGAGCAGAUCAAGCCCCAUGUCCUCUUUGCCUCCAACGGUGUUGUCUACAACGGCAAGGCUCGCCCUCUCAUCCAGCUGCUCCCCAAGCUGUUCUCUGCCCUGAAGACUCCCCCUUCCACCACCGUCAUCAUCAACCACCUCCCCGACUCCGUCAACCCCCAGUCCGACGUCUCAAAGUUCCUCGCCGGCUCCAACGACCCUCGUACCAAGUUCCAGACGUUCGAGUCGUUUGUCGGCACCGAACCCGCCGAGCCGACCUUUGAGCGUGGUGGCUUCAACGACCCCAUCUGGAUCCUGUUCUCCAGUGGUACGACCGGCAAGCCCAAGGCCAUUGUUCACCGCCAAGGUGGCAUGCUCCUCGACUCGCUCCGCGAGCACCACAUCCAGGGUGACAUUACACGUGGCGACGUCUUCUUCUACUACACCACUCCCGGAUGGAUGAUGUUCCAGUACCUCGUCUCGGGCCUGGCCACUGGCGCCACCAUCGUCUGCUACGAGGGUUCGCCGCUCAAAGACCCUGCCACCAUGUGGAACAUGAUUGACGAGCACGGUGUGACCGCCUUUGGCACCAGUGCCAAGUACAUUGAGCAGAUCUCGAAGCACUACCCCGACGUUGGCAAGAAGCACAAGCUCGCGACGCUGAGGCAGAUCAUGUCGACCGGCUCACCACUCGCCGCCCACCUGUUCGACUUUGUUUACGAAAAUGUCAAGAAGGACGUGCUCCUCGGCUCGGUAACUGGCGGAACCGACAUUUGCUCGGUGUUCGCCGGCCGCUGCACCAGUUUGCCCGUGUUCCGCGGCGAGAUCCAGUGCCGAAUGCUUGGCUUCGCGCUCGACACGACUACCGACGCGUCUGGGGACGCAGGCGAGCUCAUCGUUCGACGGGCAUUCCCCAUCGAGCCGGUUGGCUUUUGGCCACUGCCUCGCGACUCCUUGCCCGAUGGCCAGAACAUUGCCGAGGCAGACGUCAAGAACGCGCAGGAACGCUUCCUGGACAGCUACUUCAAAGAUGAAGAGGGCAACUGGUACCAUGGCGACUACGUGCAAAUCACACCCUCGCGAUAUGGCAACGGUGGCGGUUUCAUCAUGCUCGGACGGUCAGACGGUGUUUUGAACCCCAGCGGUAUUCGCUUCGGGCCGACCGACAUUUACUCUGUUCUGGAGAACCCGGCAUUUGCCGAGCGGGGUGUUGAAGAGACGCUUGUUGUGGGCCUCCUUGUCGAGGGCGGAUCAGACGAGAAGGUCGUCUUAUUUGUCAAGAUGCGCCCUGGCAAGACUCUGGAUCCCGAGCUGCUCAAGCUCAUCAAGGACUCGAUCCGCACAGCACGCUCGGCUCGCCAUGUGCCCGCGAAAAUCAUCGAGGUGGCUGACAUUCCCAUGACGCUGACUGGCAAGAAGAUUGAGGUGCCCAUCCGCAAGGUGAUCAACGGCUCCCCUGUGUCGGCCAUCAACCCUGCGACCUUGCGCAACCCCGACUGUUUGGAAGAGUACGUGGCGCUGGGCCUCAAGAUGCGCCAGGAGGAGGGCAUGGCCUGAGGGGUUGGAGAGGCAUUGUGUGUAUUCUUGUCUUGUAUGGCCCCAGCGCGAUUGUACCGCUGUGCAGCAUGAAACGGAU